AUGGCAGCAGACAGAGAAAAGCGAACAUCAAGCCAAGAUGGCUCAGAGCAAAAUGGCGGCGACAAGACGGAAAAGACGAAGGGCGAGGGCAGCAUCAAGGACUAUUUCCGCGUCUUUCAGUAUGCCGACAAGUACGACUGGGCCCUCAAUGCCGUAGCAUGUUCCUCUGCCAUCGCUUCUGGUGCUGCCCUUCCAUUGAUGUCCUUGAUCUUUGGCACUUUCACCACCAAAUUCAACAACUUCGCUACCGGGACCUCGACCCCGGCGCAGUUCAAAGACGAUGUCGAUCAUUUUGUGCUGUGGUUCGUAUACCUCUUCAUUGGCAGAUUCAUUGCCACCUACAUCGCCACGGCGGCAGUCAGCAUCGCAGCAACGAGGACAACUCGCACUCUUCGGAAAGCAUUUCUCGAGGCAACCCUUCGGCAAGAAAUCUGGCAUUUUGACAGCAAAAGCAACGGCGCUACAGCUACGCAAGUCACCACAAACGGCAACAAGAUUCAGUCGGGCAUCGCCGAGAAGCUCGUCUUCAUCAUUCAGGGCCUCUCCACCUUUGUUACUUCCUUCAUCGUGGCCCUGGCUGCACAAUGGAAGCUGGGUCUGAUUACAAUGACCGUUAUACCCGCAAUAUUCAUCAUUACGGGAGCCUGUGUUGCCAUCGACGCAGUCCAGGAGGCCCGGAUCCUCCGCAUCUACUCCCGAGCUGCCGUACUUGCUGAAGAGGCUCUAUCGUCGAUCCGGACGGUUCAUGCAUUCUAUGCCCAGAAGAAGAUGGUGCAGAGGUAUGACACAUUCCUAGCACAGGCUCAUAAGGAAGGUAAUAAGAAGUCACCCAACUGGGGCGUGCUUUUCUCGACACAGUUCUUUUGUGUGUAUUCGGCAACCGCCCUCUCGUUCUGGCAGGGCUUCAGGAUGUAUCAGAGCGGUGAGGUCGGUAGUGUGGGCACGGUCUUCACCGUCGUGCUCUCAGUAACCAUUGCCGCAACCUCGAUCUCGAGCAUUGCGCCACAAAUCGAGGCCAUCACCAACGCCUCAUCGGCUGCUUCCGAACUGUUCAGCGUCGUCGACAAACCGUCACUUUUAGACCCUCUCGACCCGUCUGGCGCAACGCCUUCAUCAUGCGAAGGACGCAUCGAGAUCCACAAUCUGGACUUCGCGUAUCCGUCCCGGCCAGCUGCGCAGGUUCUGCACGGAUUCAACAUAACCAUCCCUGCAGGCAAAACUACCGCUUUAGUGGGAGCCUCGGGCUCAGGGAAAAGUACCCUCGUUGGCCUGCUGGAAAGGUGGUAUCUGCCGGCUUCCGGUCGCAUUGUGCUCGAUGGCCGAGACCUGGAGGAAUACAACGUCAAAUGGCUGAGAAGUCAAAUCCGCCUUGUUCAACAGGAGCCGAUACUCUUUCGCGGGACUAUCUUCCAGAAUGUCGCCAAGGGCUUCGUUGAGUCCCAGCGGCAGCUUCCUCACGAGAAACAGAUGGAGUUGGUUCGCGAGGCUUGCAAGGCAAGUAAUGCUGACAGCUUCGUCAGCGAGUUACCGCAGGGCUACGACACCGAAGUGGGCGAACGAGCCGGGACUCUGAGUGGAGGUCAACGACAACGGAUCGCCAUCGCUCGCAGCAUUAUUUCUAACCCAAAGAUCCUACUUCUUGACGAAGCUACGAGCGCACUCGACCCCAAAGCAGAGAAAGUCGUACAGGAUGCUCUUAGUCGGGUGUCAAAGAAUAGGACAACCCUGGUCAUCGCACACAAGCUGGCAACGGUGAAGGCGGCCGACAGCAUAGCAGUCAUGUCUUCUGGGAAGAUUGUUGAGCAAGGGACACAUCAGGAAUUGAUCGAUUUGGACGGCCGGUACGCGGCUCUAGUCCGAGCUCAAGACCUCGGUACGGCCAACAGCGAGCCGCCUGAGAUGUAUUCCACCGAAAAGCAGAUCCUAGAGGAGUCUGUCGACCGACCGGCUCUGCAACGCAUCGCCACUACUGCUACUUCGGUGGGUGAGGAUACCGAGAAGCAGCAAAAGCCUGUGGGGACUCUUGGCUACUCUCUCCCCAGAUGCAUCUUCAUUAUGUUCUAUGAGCAAAAGCCGCUGUAUUUCUGCUUCUUCCUGCAGGUCAUUGCUUGUCUCAUCGCCGGAGGAACAUUUCCCGCCCAGGCCGUCCUCUUCUCCAAGGCGCUGACUGUCUUCCAACUGACCGGGGAAAAUGCUCGUGAACGAGCGGACUUCUAUGCGUUGAUGUUCUUCGUUCUCGCACUGGCCAAUCUGGCCGCCUAUUUCACCAUUGGAUGGACUUGCAAUCUCGUCUCGCAGACAGUCACGCACCGCAUCCGGUCGGAAAUGUUCGGACGGGUUCUCGACCAAGAUAUCGCGUUCUUCGACAUUCCCGAAAACACAUCAGGUGCGCUGACUUCAAGACUCUCAACACUACCCACCCACCUGCAGGAGUUGCUUUCAACCAAUGUUCCCCUCAUCGCGAAUGUCUUGAUCAAUGUGGUAUCGAGCAGUGCGCUUGCACUGGCUUAUGGAUGGAAACUGGGGCUGGUCGUCGUCUUCGGCGCAUUGCCUCCACUGCUCCUCGCAGGUUACAUCCGCAUCCGGCUGGAAAUGCAGCUCGAUCGUCAGACUGGCGAGAGGUUCGCAGAGAGUGCCGGACUGGCCAACGAGGCAGUCUCUGCUAUUCGAACGGUCGCUUCGUUGACCUUGGAGGCUCAUGUGCUCGAAGAAUACUCAGACAUGCUCAGCAACAUCGUGCUGAAGUCGACCCGGGCGUUGAUAUGGACCAUGUUCUUCUUCGCGUUAUCACAGUCCAUCGAGUUCCUUGCCAUGGCGCUCGGAUUCUGGUAUGGUAGCCGACUGCUUGCAUCGGGAGAGUACACUACGGCGCAGUUCUACACGAUCUUCAUCGGGGUCCUGUUCGCUGGCCAGGCGGCCGGCCAGUUCUUCGGAUACACAACGUCCAUCACUAGGGCUCAAGGCGCGGCAAACUACAUUCUGUGGCUUAGGACGCAGAAACCGACCAUCGCGGAGACGGAAAACAACAAAGAAAACGGACCCUCGGCCGAUGGGCCGGUUGCCCUCGAAGAUGUGGAGUUCCGCUACCGACAGCGCCAAACCUCGCGGGUCAUCCGGAGCAUCACAAUGAGCAUCGAGACCGGACAAUUUGUAGCGUUGGUUGGCGCGUCAGGCUGUGGCAAGUCCACGCUCGUCGCCUUGCUCGAACGCUUCUACGACCCCACGAGCGGCCGGAUCUGUCUCUCCCACGAGGACAUUGCCGCCAUGUCACCUCGCCUGUACCGAACACACAUGUCUCUCGUACAGCAGGAACCGACGCUGUAUUCGGGCUCGGUGCGCGAGAACGUCUCGCUAGGCCUCGACUUCGAGCCCUCCGAUGAGCAAGUUAAAGAGGCAUGCCGCCAAGCCAACGCGCUGGACUUUGUAACGUCUCUCCCCGAGGGGUUCGACACCUCCUGUGGUUCGCGAGGAAUGCAGUUCUCAGGCGGCCAACGACAACGCAUCGCCAUUGCCAGAGCCUUGAUUCGAGAUCCCAAGCUCCUCCUACUCGACGAGGCAACAUCCGCGCUGGACACUCAAUCCGAGCGUCUUGUGCAGACGGCGUUGGACGAGGCAGCCAUAAGCAGGACCACCAUCGCGGUGGCGCAUCGGUUGUCAACCAUCCGCCACGCGGACAUGAUCUUUGUGAUUGCCAGUGGGCGGAUCGCCGAGCGUGGCACCCAUGCGGAGUUGCAGGCCCAGAAGGGCAUUUACUACGAGAUGUGUCUGGCGCAGUCGUUGGACAAAGCAUAG